UAGAUAAAUCGGAGGAAAAUAGUCCAGUUGGACAUCAGGAAGGUAUAAUUCUUGGUGCUUAUGCACUGGAAGAAUCAAGAUGGUGAUCUACAACUCCACGUGGCUGUGAACCUCUUUUUCCAUUACCACCACCACCAUUUCACUUUGCCGACGCUCCACUUACAUAGACCACCAACAUCGCCUUCAAUGAAGAAACGAGAUGCAACCUCAAGGUCACACGCGAUUGACUCGAACCCUCCGAUUUAUGGGAACUAUCAUGGCUACUACUCUAGAAGGCCCUUCAUGAACGAUCCACGACUAGCCCUACUUCCUGUAGAUUUCUUUGUUGGAAAGCGAGUGUUAGAUGUGGGAUGCAAUGAGGGUUAUGUUACUUGCGAAAUUGCUCAAUCUUGGGGAGCUCACAAGGUUGUUGGCGUUGACAUUGACGAGUCUCUGAUCCGGGCGGCGUGGAAGAGACGGACCGUCGUUUGGUCUUCACAGUCCCCUUCAGCACCUGUAACGGACGACUCGGCACAAGAAGUACACCCGGAUUACUUUCCUCUAUCGUUUGAGCACAUGUUUGGAUCUUUGCCGAUACCACCCAACCAGAAUCGUGGCAAGCAUGUUUUUCCGCAUAAUGUUUCGUUUCGCGCGUCGGAUUGGGUCAACAAUCAGAUUCCGGAGGAUUCUGAGCCGUAUGAUAUCAUAAUAGCGUUCUCGAUAUCGAAAUGGAUUCAUCUAAACCAAGGCGAUGAAGGACUCCAGCAAUUUUUCCGUCGAGUACAUUCUCUUCUUCGGCCGGGAGGUACUCUCGUCCUCGAACCUCAAUCAUGGGAUACAUACAAGAAGGCGAAGAGAUUGGACAAGAGUUUGAGAGACAAAGCAGCGACCCUGACAAUACGACCCGAGGAUUUUGGGCUACUCCUGUCUCACAUUGGCUUUAGUUUAGCACAGCACUUGGGCUUGACAGGUGAAGGAGGUACGUUCCCGAGCCGUGCAGCGCUGUUUCCCCAUGUGACGAGCAGUACAUAGGUUUUUGUCGCCCAGUAGAUUUAUACGUGAAAACAUGACCAUACGUCUGCUGUAUCACACCCGUGUAAUCGGAAUCAUUGACAGCCAGCGCAAAGGUGUGCUGGGGUUCGGGGCGGAUUCAGUAAUGUGAAACACACAUAAGUGCCCAUUCAUCAUAGAUUGUUCUUCCGCGACCUGAUUGGCCGCGGGGUUUGCAUCCGGACCUUGGCAAAUCAUUUGAAAUGCACAGCUCAAUAAAAAGC